UCUCAUUCUUCCCUCGCCGUCACUUCCCUUCCUCCCUCGCCGCCGAUCUUAGAGCUUUCACACUAUCAUUGGGGCUGCAUUUGUUUCUCUGAUGUAUGAUUGGAUUAACCUCAGAUUCAAACGGUGUUUGUAACUCAAGGAUAUCACCAUGCAAGCAGCAACUUACGGUUCUGUAUUCUGUUUCUCUCACAGAAACUUAAGAAUAAAUGCACAGACAAGUUUGGUGAAAUUACAUGCACUGCAUCCCUCUCAGCUUGAUCGGAAGUUUGAACGAAAUUUGGGACCUCAUAUGCAUAACUUUCCCAUUAAUAGAAAACCAAGCAGAUUGUAUGUGCUUCCGAACACAAAUGAUGGCCACCCUUCUGCUUCUACUGUGGAUGAUGGAAUGAACACAAACCAUGCUCCUAGUGGCACGUCCCCAACGUUUCUCAGCAAUUGGUCACCUCCAAGGUACCUGUGGAGGGGCUUGUCAGUUUUAAUCUUGGCAGGACAGGUAAUAAUGAAGACUUUAAAGGGAAAGGUUCAUUGGAGGAAUACUCUUCAACAAUUGGAGAGAGUUGGUCCAAGAUCAGUUGGGGUAUGUCUCUUAACUGCGGCAUUUGUCGGCAUGGCCUUCACAAUUCAAUUUGUUAGAGAGUUCACUAGGUUAGGAUUGAAUAGAUCUGUGGGUGGAGUUUUGGCUCUGGCUUUCUCAAGGGAGCUAAGUCCUGUGGUUACAUCAAUUGUGGUUGCUGGACGCAUUGGAAGUGCAUUUGCAGCAGAGUUAGGAACAAUGCAGGUUUCUGAGCAAACUGAUACAUUGAGAGUUCUUGGUUCAGACCCUGUUGAUUAUCUUGUAACACCAAGAGUGAUAGCCACUUGUGUUGCCCUACCCUUCUUGACUUUAUUGUGUUUUACAAUAGGGAUGGCAUCUAGCGCCCUCCUUGCUGAUAGUGUUUAUGGUGUGAGCAUUAACAUAAUUUUGGAUUCGGCUCAGCGAGCUCUUAGACCAUGGGAUAUUAUUAGUGCAAUGAUCAAGUCUCAGGUUUUCGGCUCUAUCAUAUCUAUAGUGAGCUGCGCAUGGGGAGUCACGACUUUAGGAGGCGCUAAAGGUGUUGGAGAAUCAACAACUUCAGCUGUAGUUAUUUCUCUGGUUGGGAUCUUCGUUGCUGAUUUUGCUCUUUCUUAUUGUUUCUUUCAAGGAGCUGGAGAUCAGCUGAAGAAUUGCAUUUAAACAAUUAAUGGUAUGUCUGCAGAUUUGCUCAUAUGUAAAAUGUGAAUAGCUUAUUUGCUUGAUAUGCUAGCAUGCUCUGAUCAAUGUCUUUUCUUUGAGAGCUGCAAUAAAAUAUCUGUACAAUUGUAUCAGUUAUUCAAUUGCAUAAGUUAUCAUGUUCUUUUCUUUAGCCGCCAAAGAUCAUUUGAACAACUCCCAUGUCUGUUUCUGCUCCAUGCAUGGACUUGACCUUCCAUUAUUGCUUAGAAAAUGAGAGUGGAUUUCUGGAUUUGUUGCUUUA